AUGGCUACCGUCCCCAUGCAGACUUCCUAUUCUUCACGAUACGAGGUAGACUUGACGCAGAUGCUUGUCUAUGAAGGGCCACCAGAAUUCCUACCAGAGCAAGUCCCUCCUGUGCCGGAAACUUGUGUCAUCUGCUUGGAGGUACUGGGACAGACGUCUAUGUACCGGCAACUCCCAUGCAAACACCUUUUCCAUCAGCCUUGCAUCGAUGACUGGAUCUGCAACCGAGACACAAAGUGCCCUAUUUGCCGCGAAACAUUUUAUCACUUAAGACAUCUUCGAAACAAAGGAAAUACGCCAAGAAAGUCAUUGAGUCGCGAGGAGAUAUCCCGCAAUCGCCGCGACAAUGAUGUCAGUUUUGAAAGAAUCAUUUCUAUAAAAAUUUGGUGCAAGAAGAAGCUUCGUGGACAUGGUGUGACAACGACUGUGAACCCCGUAUAA